GCUGCACCAACAAUGUCAUCUCUUCCGCUUCUCUCCUUCUGCUUCCUCCUCUUGCUCUGCAAUUCUGUAUUACCUUCAGAGGGGAUAGAGCUCAUACUAGUGAACAACUGCAAGGAAGACGUAUGGCCGGGCAUACUCGGUGGCGCUGGCUACCCAUCACUGGAAAAUGGCGGAUUUCACAUGGCUUCAGGUCAACAAACUUCAGUGAACGUGCCACAAGGCUGGUCGGGAAGGAUCUGGGGCCGGCAGGGUUGCUGCUUCGACUGGAGAGGUCGUGGCGCCUGCGAAACAGGGGAUUGCUCGGGCUUGUUGCAGUGCAAGGGCGUAGGAGGCACACCGCCGGCGACGGUAUUAGAGAUGACAUUUGGCACGGAUAAGUCGCCGCUGCACUACUAUGACGUGAGUCUGGUUGAUGGGUUCAACCUGCCGGUAUCCAUGGCUCCGGUGGGUGGUGGAUGUGGCGUGGCCGGGUGUCAGGCCGACUUGAACUCGUGCUGCCCGUCCACGUUUGCCGUGAAGCGUGGUAGCAGAGUGGUGGGGUGCCAGAGCGCGUGCUUGGCUUUGAAGGCGCCCAAGUAUUGCUGCUCGGGCAGCUACUCCACUCCGCAGAGCUGCAGGCCAACUCUGUUUUCGAAUCUGUUCAAGGCCAUCUGUCCCCACGCCUACAGCUACGCCUUCGAUGAUGCCUCGAGCCUCUUCACCUGCCAGGCGCCGAGGUACCUUAUCACCUUCUGCCCUCAGGCCGGCUAAGAAAAAUUCUAUUGCCGUUGCAGAAGUUUGGGAGCAAGUUCGGUGCUCCUUCUUUUUCUUAGUUUUCUGACUGUUGCGUGGCUAUUGCCAUCAUCAGUUUUUCAUGUUCACU